AUGCGCGCGCCUCUACGCAAGCUAGUAAUCGACUGCGACAACAUCAUCAGCGACUUCUGGCACCCCGCCGCGCUCGAAGAGUUCCUCCCUCACCUCGUCCCCGCGCUGGAGGAGUUUGAGAUGAGUGACCUCCUCAUCACCCCACAGGAAGCAACUGUACAUGGGGCUGUGACAAGCGCAUCGAUUAGCAGUAUGGCUCAGUAUCCUGCGGUGCAUUCGCUUACGGUCAGGGGCUUCGCGGGCCCUCCGUUCCUCGAACACUUACAGCAUCUUUUCCCGUCGGUCGACCAGAAGCUCGCGCUCGGCCGACUCGACUUAGAUAUCGACACGCUCAUUUAUGCAGACAUUCGAAACGCAAACAAAAGCGCACAGAAGGAAGAGAGUCCUGAUUAUUUACGACCCUGGAAAAAGCUCGACUUGGUCGUCUGCGACGUGCCAAUGUUCUACGUUCUCGGCCUGCGCUGCCCAAUUCGACAUGCCAUGCUGGACUACGGUUGGUCCCACUAUCGGGGUUAUCUGACAGAUGCCCUGCGCGAAAAUCCUGUCCCACGGCUCGAAUUGUCGAUUGCGCUGAGCUACGGGCUCGGCGCGUUCGACGAACUCUUCCCUCUUGAGCUCGUGCCGACGCUAACGCAUCUCACUCUUUGUCUGGUCUAUGCGAAUAUGGGUGGGUCGGGGACCGAUGCCGAUGCCGGUUUUGACUUUCGCUGGCGUGACGUGUUGCUCUUGUCCUCUCUUGGCAGGUUGCGAGCCCUCACCCACCUGCGCCUCGUCAUCCAUACCGAUGUCUGCCACGAUCCCCCGGAGUCCGAACCUUAUUCAGAAGCAUUCGUUAAUGAUCUCCGCGGGCCGACAUUCGGUUUCCAGGAGACAGCGCAAGUAUUGGCGAAUGCACUACCUUCCUUGCGCUACGUGUUCCUGACAACAAGAGGGUACCUCGGGAAACACGAUGAAAGCACUCGCUAUUUCUGGAAGGCGUACGAGCGGCGGCUUGUCUCACGGGCGUGGCGCAUCGCUGACAAGGGAGGCGAGCAGAGGCGAGAAGGCUUGAUAUUGGUAGAGCUCGCCGAGGCCGUUGCAGAGACCCUCAUCGAUCAAGAGGAACUCUUACUGUCUCCAGCGGAUGAGAUAUCACUGCACAUUGGCGAGGACUAG